AUGUAACCACUGGGUUGGGUUGGACGCUGCCAAAUUAGAUAACCGAGCGACCAGGUUGACGUAUUGUGUCACGAUAGGGUUUCUAGCUCUGCUUUGCUAGAAAAGCUACAAAAACUGAGAUUAAGUCCUAAACUAUCAUUCAUGUUCUGCAGAUGACACUUUCUGGUUGUGAUACAAUCAAGCCACCUUUGAGUUUAGCGGUGGGUGAACCGAGAGCUAAUAUUGGAGCCAUGCGUCCGUCCUUCUCUACAUAAAAUCUGGACAAUCUUACAAGGCUGUCAUCUUACAAAGAACGGAUUUAACGUGCCGGAUGCUAGAAACGGGGCUGAAAGGGGCAUGAAGGAAAUUCAGAGUGCGCCAAAUUGGACUGUUGGGGAGCCCAGUGGAGUCAUUCAGAGAAAUGAAAUUGAAUAGCGGAAGAUGCCUGCCCUGGAAGGAGGCAGAUCAGGAGCGGUGCAGAGAAAUUUCCUUACUCGAUGACAUUUCAUCGCAAUGUCCGAUCGUUCGGGGCAAAUAACCAAGGGAAAGGAUGGGAAAAGCAAGUACGCGACGCUCAGCCUGUUUGAUAAAUAUAAAGGAAAGUCAGUAGAAACAGUCAGAAGCACAGUUAUUCCUAGACAUGGCUUACAAAGUCUUGGGAAAGUUGCUUCCGCGCGGCGUAUGCCCCCUCCUGCCAACUUGCCAAGUUUGAAGUCGGAGCACAAAGGAAACGACCCCAACAUCAUCAUCGUGCCCAAGGACGGAACAGGAUGGGCAAACAAACAGGACCCUCCAGAGCAAAAGAGUUCCAGUUGCACAGCCGCACAGCCGCAGGAGUUGCUGCCGCAGCCGGAUUUGCAGAAAUCUGUCUCCAAUUUGCAGAAGCGGACACAGUCAAUCAGCCAGGAGAGUACAAAUUCAGUAGCCGGUGGAGUAAAAUCAUGGGCGCAGCUGAAUGGAAAGCCAGCCAGACCAGAAGGUGGUUCAAGGGUCUCAAACCGACUGUUAUCCUUCUCUCCCGAGGAUUUUCCAACGUUGAAAGCAGCUGGCGAGCAGGACAAGUCUGGCAAAGAAAAGGGCGCCUUAGAUCCGUCGUAUGGGCCCGGACCAAGCCUCCGCCCACCAAAUGUCACAAGUUGGAGGGAAGGCGGUGGUCGAAACAGCACCUCGGCCACCUCUUUGUCCCCCUACCCAACUGAGCUGGGUACCAAGACCUCCAGCGCAGAAGAUGACGCUCCCACCUCAGCAAACAGUGGCGAUCCGAAGGGACCUUCUCCCCGUCCUACUGUGCCUCUUCGCAAAGGGGCGUCCCCGUUUAUGGCAAAUGCGUACCAGCCACCCACUUACCACGACAUGCUUCCCGCGUUUAUGUGUUCAAAUCCGCCAUCUGAGACCCCUGGUCUGCCUGAACGGGGGACCUUCCCUCUCCCACAGUUUUGUCUGGAACCCCGUGUCCCCUUCAGACAAUAUCAGUCCAGUGACCAAGAUGGAAAAGAGAAAAGACUUGGGGUUCCACGCCCAGCUCGUCCAGUCCGGCCACAGGGGGAGCGAGUCCCCAGACCCACCAUCAUUAAUGCAGAGAACCUGAAAGGGUUGGAUGAAUUAGACAACGAUGCUGAGGACGGCUGGGCAGGCAUUCACGAUGAAGUGGAUUAUUCCGAGAAACUGAAGUUCAGCGAGGAUGAGGAGGAGGAAGAAACCCCCAAGGAUGGAAGACAGAAAUGGACCAGCUGGGAUUCCCGAAGGCAGCCCCUGCUGAGCUCAGGAGAAAACACCGAUGUCAGACACCCUUUGGAAGAAACCAAGAACUGGAACGACUCAACCAGCUUGUCCCGGUCCAUCCGUAAAGUGCAGGAAGGUCUACCGGCUUCAAGGAAGCUGAACGGCUGGAGUCCCCUUCCGGACUAUCAGAAACCCUCCCUGUCGUGUCUGCGGCAGCAGUGCUCUGAAGAAAAAGAAGAGAAGCCGCCGCUGAGGCAGAAGUUUGUCCACUCGGAAAUGUCCGAAGCCGUUGAGCGGGCCAGGCGGCGACGGGAAGAGGAAGAGCGGCGAGCGCGGGAAGAGCGCUUGGCCGCCUGCGCGGCGAAACUGAAGGAGCUCGAUCAGAAAUGCAAGCUGGCUCAGAAAUCAGGUGACGGCCACAAGCACGAGAGCGAUGAAACCCGAUCCUCGGUCUCGGAGAAGAACGCCGUCUUGGAGAACAGCCACGCGGCCCGGAGAGUCCCCGAGUUUCAUACCCAGGAAGCCCCUUCCGGUUACCCGGACGAAGAGACCCCUGCUGCCUCAACGGCCCUCCGGAGUAGCAGCGAGGAGGAGCUACGAGAAACAGUCUCUCCUGUUCAGGAGUUCAGCAAGUUCCCCAAGCUUCUCCCCCCGCGAUUCCAGCGAAAGCAGCAAGACCAGCUCUACAAGAUGCAGAACUGGCAGCCCUCACAAGUCUACCCACCUUCUUCCCACCCCCAGCGGACUUUCUACCCGGCCCACCCACAGAUGUUGGGGUUUGAUCCCCGAUGGUUGAUGAUACCUUCUUACAUGGACCCACGGGUACCCCAAGGACGUCCUCCUGUGGAUUUCUACCCUUCAACCCUCCAUCCAUCAGGGAUUAUGAAGUCUGCGAUGCAACCAGAUUCCGUGAAUGGGGGCGGCUGCCCGUCGGAGGAGCAGAGCUGCCCACCUAUGGGACUGCAGGAGAGAAAAACAGUUGCGGGGGAAGCCGCCCCCAUCUGGGGUCCAGAAAGUUUUGUCCCCUUGGCGAGCAAAAGCUGUUCUGUUUCCCAGCCGAAGCAAACAGAGUGUGUAACGGAGGAAGGAUUACGUGCCAGGGCUGAAAGUUCUUACUCUGCACCAUCAGGCCUAAACACCCAGCGUGACUUCUUUGAAGAAGUUGGAGAAGACUACUUAAACUCCUUUGACAAGAAACCCCAGAGAAAUUUUGACAGGUGUGUCAGUCCUGCCCAAAGGGCACCACAAGAGUGCAUCUUUCAGCACCCUGAGUGUGCUUCUGACCUUUCCGAUCCUUGCGACAGGAGCCUGUUGAAUUCUCCUUUGGAGUCCGGUGCCGUUGCUGAUGAAAAGAAGUCUGAAUACAACGGCUGGGAGAUCAGCCAUUAUCCGAAACCUUUGGAAGUGCCAUCUUCAAGGAAAGAAGAAGUGUUCCAGGAUGACUCCUUGUUUGGCUCUGAGAUGUGGAAGAAAGAAGGAUCAUCUAGCAAGCCAGCCACCCCUGGAACAGGAUGGACGACUCCAGAGAACCGAAACGCCAACGGUCAGCCGCAACAGCAGCAAGAGCAAACGGGGAGAGCUCGUCGAUCUGGACCAAUUAAGAAGCCAGUACUGAAAGCUCUCAAAGUUGAGGAGAAGGAGAAAGAACUGGAGAAGGUGAAAGUGGAGAGUGAAGAGGCUUCCCAUCCAGCUAAAGAAAAGGCCCCUUCUUUGAAGGUGUCAGAGGAGGUCGAUUCUGGAGUGGCAGUCCACUCUGCUCACUACCGUUUGUUGGAGGAAAAAUGCUCCCCUCGAACUCCUGUCCAGGACCCUGAGAGACCUCACGAAGAAGUGGAUGCUAGCAAAGAGGAGAAUGAGAAGACUGUCAAGGACUGGGAGGGCAAGCAUCAGUCAAGGGAGUCUGCUGACCUGCCCCCAACCAAAAGAAAUAAUUGGAUCUUCAUUGAUGAGGAGCAGGCCUUUGGUGGACGGGGACAAGGACGAGGGCGAGGCCGUGGCUUCCGAGAAUUCACGUUCCGAGGCCGUGGCAACACAGUGGGAUGUGGUGGUGCUGGUGGUGGUAAUCUCAGAGGAGGUUAUAACAGCAGCAGCGUGAGCGGUCCCCAAAGAAGCAGCAGGGGACGAGCCUUGAGAGAGUUCAAUCAGGUGGAAGAAUUCCCACGGGGGAAGCCCAGACGCCGGAUUGCGAGCGAGACCCACAGCGAAGGCUCCGAGUAUGAAGAGCUGCCAAAGCGCCGGCGUCAGCGGGCCUCUGAGAAUAAUAAUGAGGGCUCCCUUGCCGAAAGAGAAGAGGGUGACCUCAAGAAAGGGGAUUUCCGUGACUCCUGGAGGUCCAAUAAGAUAUAUUCAGAUGAGCAGGGUGCCCUGGAUGCCAAGUUGAGGACCCCGCGAGCUUUUGGGCGAUCGCUGCCACCAAGACUGAGCAACUCCAGUUACGGGCGACGAGGUUUCGUUUCCAAGGAGCCUUCCCAAUGGCAGGGCAGAAAUGGGGGAAAUACUUGGCAGGAAUACGGCCACAACACCCCUCUGGACACCUUUGGAUUCAGGCGCCCGCCCGAGAGGGAUUACAGCCAAGAGUCCUACAAGGCUUCAGACUCGUUUAGCAGGCGGCCUUUUGAAGAGGACUACGGAGGUGAUCCUGAAAACGUUGAGAACCGGCCGUUCCGCCGACGGCGUCCGCCUCGGCAAGACAAACCUCCCCGAUUCAGGCGCUUGAGGCAGGAGCGCGAGUCUGUGGGUCAGUGGAACCCCGAAGAUGGUGGAGCCAAUCUCGUAGCUUGCCAGUGGCCCGGGAGAGCCAAACUGAUCAUGACUGAUUAUAACGGCCCCUCUACCAGAAGAUCUCCAGAACUGUCCUAUCAGAAUUCCUCUGAUCAUGCCAAUGAAGAGUGGGAGACUGCCUCUGAGAGCAGCGACUUCAGCGAAAGGCGGGAGAGGUGGGGUGGAGGCGGCGGGACCUCAGAGAACGAGGCACCGUUGGAUGGCGGGCUUCCCGGUAGCACCUUGGGGGAAAAGAGAGAUCUGGCCAAGAGGAGUUUCUCCAGCCAGAGGCCCGUUGUAGAUCGACAAAGCCGGAAAUCUGAUCCAGUAGGAUUUGGGGAGAAAGCCGUACGAGCUGGUGGGAACAGGCCAGCAUCCCACUAUGAAAGCCAGCAGAACGGGCUACAGAUGAAAAGCAAAAGAUCUCCGGAAGAAAAUGGCAUUCUUGAUAGUGGCAGUCCUGGACGGAGCCACUCAACAUAUGGUUCCCACUCCAACCUGAAUGGUGCCGAGAACCUGGAGAAACGGCAAGAGAGGGAUCUGAAAUCUGGAGUCCCUCAGGUCAGCGAGAAGGGAGAGACCUUGAAUCCGUUCGAGCUGAGCUAUGGAAGUGGCGUGAUGGAGAGUCGUGGGCCUGGACCUGGGGAAGAGAAUGAAAUGGGGCCGAUGAGCAGCGAAGGGUUCAUUGAGGUCCUGACGAAGAAACAACGACGCCUGCUUGAAGAGGAACGGAGGAAGAAGGAGCAAGCCGUACAGGCUCCAUCUAAAGGCCGCGUCCUUCAAUCCCGCAUCCCACCUCGGUUUGCGAAGAAGCAGAACAGCCUGUGCCUGGAACAAGGGGACGUCUCGGUGCCUCGGAACACCCUGGGGACGGAGAUCUGGGAGACCAAUAGUGCAGCGCUGUCCGUUCAGUCGGCUGGUCCCGAUUCCUGGAGCAAACCCGUUGGCACCUUUAUCGGUAACGAGUCCAGCUCUGCCGAGGGGUUCAAAGGCAGCCAGGGAGACAGCGGGAUUGACCUGAGCGCAGAGUCGCGGGAGUCCUCAGCCACCUCUUCUCAGCGCAGUUCUCCGUACGGCACCCUCAAGCCGGAGGAGAUGAGUGGAAAUGGUCUGGGGGAGGCCAAGGCGGACGGCCCGAAAGAGCCAGCUCCGAAGCAGUUGGAUAAAAAGGAUUCGGAACUGGCCCUGUCUCAAACCAAGGACCACAAGCCGGGGCCCAUCGGGAACGAGCGCUCCUUGAAAAACCGAAAAGGCUCCGAAGGGGCAGAGCGCCUUGAGGGCAACAUCCCACCAGUCAACGGGGUGGAGAUUCAUGUGGACUCGGUUCUUCCCGUUCCGCCCAUUGAAUUCGGAGUGAAUCCUAAAGAUUCGGACUUCAGCCUCCCCCCUGGCUCGGCCCCUGGGACAGCAGCUAACCCAGUUGCAAAAUUACAGAAUGUCCUAGCCAGCAAUUCUGGACUAACACAGUCCCUUCCUGUUAUUCGAAGAGAUCACCAACUUCCCCGGUGCAUCAGCUUGAACAUGUCUUAUCCUACAGCAGAUCUCACUCUUAAAAUGGAGUCGGCCCGAAAAGCAUGGGAAAACUCCCCCAACCUUCCCGAACAGAGCUCCCCUGGAGGCGUUGGCUCUGGCAUUCAACCUCCAUCCAGCAUCGGGGCUUCCAGUGGGGUCAGCUACAGCUCCUUUGGUGGGGUUUCUGUUUCACCCAUGCCCGUGGCAUCUGUCGCACCUUCUGCUUCAAUUCCAGGUAACCACAUCACACCCCUGUAUUUAGAUGGCCAUGUGUUUGCCAGCCAACCGCGGCUUGUUCCCCCGACAAUACCUCAGCAACAAAGCUAUCAACAGGCGGCUGCUGCUGCUGCUCAGCAGAUCCCACUCUCCCUCCACACUUCCUUGCAAGCCCAGGCUCAGCUCGGCUUGAGGGGUGGCCUUCCGGUUUCACAGUCCCAGGAGAUCUACAGCUCCAUCCCUCCCUUCAGGUCUCAGGUGUACAUGCAUCCCAGCUUAUCCCAGCCCAGCACGAUGGUCCUGGCAGGAGGCACGGCUUUGAAACCGCCCUAUUCCGCCUUCCCGGGCAUGCAGCCUUUGGAGAUGGUGAAGACGCAGUCGGGGUCCCCUUACCAGCCGGUGAAUGGCAGCCAGGCUCUGGUUUACGAGGGUCAGAUCAACCAGGCGUCUGCCAUGGGAGCAUCCCAGAUGAUGGACUCGCAGCUGACACAGCUGACAAUGUCAAUUCCGGGAUCCCAGCUUCCGAUGGCCCGUUACGGUUCUGGCCAACAGCCUCUCUUACUGUCACAGUCCAUCCAACUGCCCCAAGGCCAGAACCUCCCAGUUGGAGCUCCGCGUAGGAUCCUGUCUCCCAAUUCCCAGCCCUCUGUCCUUGCUACAAACAGGGAGUCCUCUCACAUGGAAAUCAAAGGAUUCCCCUUCACAGACACUAAACAGAACAUAGUCCCUGGAGGAUCCAUUCCGUCUUCUCAUGCUUAUAGGCCCAGUUCUGCUAGCCCCAGUGGGAAGUCCUCCGGACCGGCCGUCAACAUGAGCUCCGUACAAAGGCAUUACAUUCAACAGGCAAAACAGCGGGUGGAUGAGAACAAAAGCCUUGGAGCUGUGAAACUGCAGGACCCUCCUUCAGCUGGUCAGAUGAAGCCAGUCCGUACGGGAGCAAUCAAGCCUCAGGCUGUCAAAGUGGAGGAGAGCAAGGCCUAAGCUCUGGGGCCCCCCAAGCUGCCUGCCAGUCCUCCUGCGAGAGAGAGAGAGAGAGAGAGAGAGAGAGGCUUUGCAAUUCACACCCUUCCCCAGCAGCCUCCCCGACUCCUGUGGCUGGAUGCUCCGAGAUGCUUUACGCCGAGAUGUUUUCUUGCACUGUGGGGUUUUUUUUCGUCCUUGGCCUGCUUGCUUUAAUAAACACCGACUACAGCUCCAUCAGAAUCAGCAGCAAACAUUCAAAGUCCCCUGUCGAAUUCAGCCGUUUUUAGUUUUCUCCACCUGCAAGUAGCAGCAAGCAUUAAGGAGUUAAGCUUUUCCCAUUGCAUAGUGGAAAUGCUAGAUUAUCUCUCGUCCUCCUCCUGUGUUGCUCCUCCUCCUCCUCCUCCCCCCAAUUUCUUCUUCUUCUUUCUUUGUAUAAUAAUAACCUCCCCUUCCGCCUCCUUUUUCUAAGCCCGCCAGGGUUUUGAACCCAAACCCCAGGACGCUGCAUCUUUCAUUUUGUAGUUGAACUUUUCCAUGUUUGGUUAGAUUUCUUCUUUCUGUCCUUAUUUACUCACCUGGAAAGGAAACUUUUGCCAAGCCCAAAAUCACGUGCUCGGAUGGACUUUCUUCUUGGCUAGAGCAAAAGAGAGUUUUCCUGCAGGCUACGUCAGCUUUCUCCAUUCUGCAACGAAGUUACGUCUAGCCUGGAUCUUCGGCUCCUGACCUGAAGGCGUUUUCGACCACGCGCUCUCCCUUCCCCUUCCCUUUUACACGAGAGACCAAGCGUUAGAAGUCAACUAGGUCAGAAAAGUCAUAGCGGCCAUCGCUCCUAGGCCUUUGCAUAGUCCCCAAACCCCCAACGUGUUGCGUCCGUUUCGAGAGAUGGCACCGAACGUCUCGUAAGGGAUCUUCCCAAAUCUGACCCCCCCCCCCCGAGUUUGCAGUUGUUUUUAUUUUUAUUUGUGAUUUAUUUUCAUGGCAUUUUUAGACAAGGGGUGGGAACGUAAGUUUCUCAGGCUUUUUUUUUUGGCUCUGCUAGGAGAGUUGCUUUGACCAGAGCAGUGUUUCUCAACCUCCGCGUCUUUAA